CUCGCGAGCGCUGCAGCGGAGAAACGCGAUUGGAGCCGACCAGAGCGCUGAUGAUUCCACAGAACAGGGCAACUCAUCAGCAACCCAGCCACAUGUUUACAUCACAACUCUGGAUUUGAUUCUGCGGGAUCUCGUAUUUUAUUUAGUAACGGAAGAACAGAUAAGACACCCGACGGUGACGUUGUUUUUUUCCUUUUGAGGACCUCCAGGCGUGCUGAACCGAGAACAGCCGGCGAGCAUUAGCAUGUUAGCUUACUGUUAGCACCAGCUAAUUCCAGUCCUAUACGAAACACCUGCUCACCUUUGUUAUUCCUAUAUCUAAAAACCGUUGUUGUUUUCAGUAUUUUUGUCAAGUUGAGUUUAGAAAGUUACAGGAAGAGUGUAGGUGGGGACCAACGGUCUCCUGAAUUGGCCGUCUACCAUGGAAAACGCACACACUAAGACGGUGGACGAAGUUUACUGUUUUUUCAACGUAAAUGAAAGCACGGGUCUGAGUUCAGAACAAAUCAAGAAGCAACGGGAACGAUAUGGACCAAACGAGCUGCCGGCGGAGGAAGGAAAAUCCCUUUGGGCAUUGGUGGUAGAACAGUUUGAAGAUCUUCUUGUAAGGAUCCUUCUGCUCGCUGCCUGCAUAUCAUUCGUUCUUGCCUGGUUUGAGGAAGGAGAAGAAACGGUUACUGCCUUUGUGGAGCCAUUUGUUAUCCUUCUUAUUCUCAUCGCUAAUGCUAUCGUGGGAGUCUGGCAGGAACGGAAUGCAGAAAAUGCCAUUGAAGCACUGAAGGAAUAUGAGCCUGAAAUGGGCAAGGUGUAUCGUCAAGACAGGAAGAGUGUUCAGAGAAUCAAGGCCAGGGACAUUGUGCCAGGAGACAUUGUGGAAGUGGCAGUUGGUGAUAAGGUCCCUGCAGACAUCAGACUGACUUCAAUCAAGUCCACCACACUGAGGGUCGACCAGUCGAUACUCACAGGAGAGUCUGUGUCUGUGAUCAAACACACAGACCCAGUCCCAGAUCCACGUGCUGUCAACCAGGACAAGAAGAACAUGCUUUUCUCAGGCACUAACAUUGCAGCAGGGAAAGCUGUUGGUGUGGUCAUAGCCACGGGUGGCAGCACAGAGAUUGGCAAAAUUAGAGAUGAGAUGGCCUCGACGGAGCAGGAGCGCACCCCACUGCAGCAGAAGCUCGAUGAAUUUGGGCAGCAAUUAUCCAAAGUUAUCACACUCAUCUGUAUUGCUGUGUGGAUCAUUAACAUUGGACAUUUUAAUGACCCAGUCCAUGGUGGCUCCUGGAUCCGUGGUGCCGUGUACUAUUUUAAGAUUGCUGUGGCUUUGGCAGUGGCUGCUAUCCCUGAAGGUCUGCCAGCUGUCAUCACUACCUGUCUAGCUUUGGGAACUCGUCGUAUGGCUAAAAAGAACGCCAUUGUUCGCAGUUUACCAUCCGUGGAAACCCUGGGCUGCACAUCUGUCAUCUGUUCUGACAAGACUGGUACUCUGACCACCAAUCAGAUGUCCGUGUGCCGGAUGUUUAUCAUGGACAAAGCAGAUAGUGAGAAGUGUGCCUUGAAGGAGUUCACAGUUACUGGCUCUACAUAUGCCCCAGAAGGAGAAGUGUACAGUGAUGGCAAGCAAGUGAAAUGUUCCCAGUAUGAUGCCCUAGUGGAGCUGGCCACCAUCUGCGCUCUCUGUAAUGACUCUUCUUUGGACUAUAAUGAGACCAAGGGUGUGUAUGAGAAGGUCGGUGAGGCGACAGAGACUGCGCUAACAUGCCUUGUGGAGAAGAUGAAUGUGUUUGAGACAGACGUUUCAGGCCUCUCGAAGAUUGAACGGGCCAAUGCUUGCAAUUCUGUGAUCAAGCAGCUGAUGAAGAAGGAGUUUACCCUGGAGUUUUCCAGAGACAGGAAAUCAAUGUCUGUGUAUUGCACUCCAAAUAAAGCUCGCUCCUCUUCUGGCAAAAUGUUUGUCAAGGGUGCCCCAGAGGGAGUGAUUGAUCGUUGUACACAUGUGCGUGUGGGAACAAACAAAGUGCCGUUGACUCCGGGUAUCAAGGAAAAACUAAUGUCUGUCAUCCGAGAGUAUGGAACUGGCAGAGACACCCUUCGCUGUCUUGCACUGGCCACCAGAGACACCCCGUUAAAGAAGGAGGACAUGGUUCUGGAGGACUCGACCCGCUUUAUCGAGUAUGAGACUGACCUGACAUUCGUGGGUUGUGUGGGAAUGCUGGAUCCCCCACGGGCAGAAGUGGCAGCUUCCAUCAGACUUUGCCGUCUGGCUGGCAUCAGGGUUAUCAUGAUCACUGGAGAUAACAAGGGAACGGCUGUUGCAAUCUGCAGACGCAUUGGCAUUUUUGGCGAAAACGAUGACGUCUCAACUAUGGCCUUUACUGGUCGUGAGUUUGACGACCUGUCCCCUGCAGCUCAGAGGGAAGCUGUCGUCAAGGCUCGGUGCUUCGCCCGUGUUGAGCCAUCACAUAAAUCCAAGAUUGUUGAGUAUCUGCAGUCUUAUGAUGAGAUCACUGCUAUGACAGGUGAUGGUGUAAAUGAUGCUCCAGCUUUGAAGAAAGCUGAGAUCGGCAUCGCUAUGGGGUCAGGAACUGCUGUGGCCAAGACGGCAUCUGAGAUGGUCCUGGCUGAUGACAACUUCGCCACUAUUGUGGCUGCAGUUGAAGAAGGUCGAGCUAUUUACAACAACAUGAAACAGUUUAUCAGAUACCUCAUCUCCUCCAAUGUCGGAGAGGUCGUCUGCAUCUUUCUGACUGCUGCUCUGGGAUUCCCUGAGGCUCUGAUCCCUGUUCAGUUGCUCUGGGUCAAUCUGGUGACUGAUGGCCUGCCUGCCACCGCCUUAGGAUUCAACCCACCUGACCUUGACAUCAUGAACAAGCCACCACGCAACGCACGCGAGCCCCUCAUCUCUGGAUGGCUCUUCUUUAGAUACCUAGCUAUUGGAUGUUACGUGGGUGCUGCCACUGUUGGUGCGGCUGCCUGGUGGUUUGUUGCUGCUGAAGACGGUCCAAGAAUCACAUUUUACCAAUUGAGCCACUUCUUGCAGUGCGGUCCAGAGAAUCCCGACUUCCAGGGUUUGGACUGUAAAGUGUUUGAAUCUCCUUACCCCAUGACCAUGGCUCUGUCUGUGCUGGUCACCAUUGAGAUGUGCAACGCCUUGAACAGUGUUUCAGAGAACCAGUCGCUGCUCCGUAUGCCUCCGUGGGAGAAUGUUUGGCUCCUGGGUGCCAUCUGUCUCUCAAUGUCUCUGCACUUCCUCAUCCUCUAUGUGGAGCCGCUUCCUAUCAUCUUCCAGAUCACUCCUUUAAAUCUAACACAGUGGCUGAUGGUUCUGAAGAUCUCCCUCCCAGUCAUUUUGCUCGACGAGGUGCUGAAGUUUGCAGCCAGAAACUACCUAGAGCCGGGUAAAGAGCUGGAGAAGUCUGCCAGCUGCAAAGGCUGCCCGCUCUCUGCAUGUAUGGAGGGCAUCUCGUGGCCCUUUGUGGCCAUCUCCCUCCCCCUUGUCCUCUGGAUCUACAGCACCGACACUAACAUGGCCGACAUGUUCUGGUCCUGACUGACUUGAGCACAACCUCCAUUUUUUUUUCCCCACCCACCAUCAUCACCCUCACAACCCCCCUGAGCCUCUCCCAUCUCUGCCUUUCUACAUGUGCAUAGCUUGUGUGUGUGUGUGUGUGUGUGUGUGUGUGUGUGUGUAUGUGUGCGAAUGGGUUGGUAGAGUAAACUGUGUGUCCUUGUACAAGAUCUCAUCAUGAAACACAACUAAAUUGUUGAAAGGUUUAUCUGAGGAGUGACCGAAUUAAGAACAUCCCUCACAGCCGUGGACAUCGCUGUGUUUUAUUUUUGCCUUUUCGGUUGAUUCUAUCAAAUAAUGGAUGGAAAUUGUCAUUUGAAGUUAAUUUUGUUGAAGGUCCCUCAGUGCUGAGGAGCUUGUCAUCCCAGAAUUUCACUGAUAUGUAUCGAGAUUUAACACUAUUUUGCCAUUUGUUUUGAAGUUUUUUUUUUUCUUUUUUAAGUUCUUUAACCGGUGUGGCUUCGGUUUAUGGCCUUGAUUUAUUUUCCCAACCUUUACCAUUGUGUCUUCAGUAUGAGGUCUGAGAGUGAAGCUACAUGUGGCUGACUGGGGUCAGUGAAUGUUUUUGAGUGCUCCGAUUAACAAUACACAAGACAGAGGACAGAGAUCGGCAUGACCUGUGACCCAAGCAUGAACUGUAUGUGGUAUUUUCCAUUUCUAAUUUAAUAUGUAUGUCCCCUCUUGUUGAAAUUUAAAUUAACUGUUGUUUUUUUUUUACUUUUUUUAAUUUGAAAAAAGCCAGUUUUUCUGCAGCUACCUCAGUAUGAUAGAUGUUGCUCCCCUCACCUCUUGAUGACUUAACAUCCGAGGUGUGAACUUUCUUGUUAAUGCAGAAAACAGAACAAAAUCUAACAUCCACCAAACAUGUUUUUGUGACAUUUCUUAACUUUAUUUGUGUUGCCUUGAAACCAAAAUGUAAGCAAAAUGAUUCAUUAGCGUCUCUGUGUUUGAUUCACAGUGAUAUGUCAAUCUUCUCUAAAUAGACUUUGAUGCCAAUAAACACCCAGAAAUGUUGUUUUAUUUUUCAAGAAAAAUACAUGGAUCAUUUAAUUUAAUGUGUUUUCUGUCUUUAUUGAAUAUGUCAUGUUAUCAAAAGUCUUUUUACAUUUAAUACUUGAAUACUAGAUCAUUUCAGACGCAUGAAUGCUUCACUACAGGAGAGGCAGGGGAUCAUCAGCAACACACAAUCCUCAUAUGUAUAUUUGACUCCUACAGGUACAAUUGAAAUAGAUGUUGGAUCAGUGGCCAUACUUAAAUCACUUUUGUCAGGACCUCCAUCCUUGUGUAAAAGCAUGCUUUUGCGGUAGACGCCCGAGUUUGUCUGCACUGUGUGUUUGUGUCCCACUUGACAACUGUGUGCUUUCUUCCUCAAUGCCUUCCACUGGCUGCCUGUCACUGGAGUGAGUAUCCAUUUCUCGUCAGUUUCUCAAUCAUCUCCAUGAAAUGCGUCCAUUGUAAAUGGUAGAUAAAGUCCCCGGAAGAUCAUGUAAACGUCUGAUAUAAUGCAUUUGGAAUUAAGAGUCAAAAUAUUCUACCUCCAAGCCUUCUUAACUGAUUUUGUAUUAUCUGGCAAUUGGAAUUGACUUUUUGUUGCCUGUGAAAUAUAGACCUCCAACACGCUGCUCAUUUACAUGAUUACUUUUUAUACUCAAUAUUAUUGGUCUACUUUUCUUUAAUCGGUACGAUUUAUGUUUGAAGCAUUUAAAGUGUAUCCGCAGGUGGCAGCACCGUACCGGAUCAUAUUCAAGCAACAGUUUGUACCCAGAAUACCAACAAAUCAUCUGUCCCCAAUCGCACUAAAGCGGUUCCAGGAAAUUAGAAAAAAAAAAAAAAAAAAAGAAAUAGAAAAGAAAAAUGCUAGCAGACAGACUACAGACAUUGUUGGGGUAUCAGGGCAGCGUGUUCCCUGAUCUACUGACCUGUUUACAGUGGACAGUCUCUAUUCAAAUCUGUCUGAGGGAUGUACCGUACUUUAGACAGUGCUCCACACGUAUCCUUCAUUAUGCUGAACAGAUUGCGGAAUGUCACUCCUGCACUCCUCUCCGGACAGCCUUGAGUCACACCCCUGUAUUGCGUUCCAAAUUCAACUGUUUUUGAUCUAAUGUACCAUUUUCUUUCUCCUCCUAGGUUGGCUCUCGUAAAAAAACUUUGCUAUUCGGUGAGGCUGCGGUCACCCUUCCACUCAACACUGAUACACACACAUACCCUACACCUUAAAUCCAAGACCAGCAGUGUGUGAAGCACCCUCGCACAAGGAAGGCCCAAAUACACUCCGGGCCACAAAACACAAUCACACAACAGUAACACGAUAAUACCUCUGUGUGCCAAUGCUGUGAUCAACACAAGUUUGGUGUGAGUGUGCGCGGAGAAGCUCCCUCAUGUUUCUUCUUGCAUGAUCUUGUUUCCAUCUUCCACGGUUGCUCCUAGAAAAUUGGACACUCGGGUUCUGUGUACAAAAACCAUGCAUGCUCUUCAGCUGUAUUUAGGCUUUGCUGUUUUUAUUUAUAGAUUCUAAUGUAUAAAGCAAAUAACCAGAGUCUUAAACUGGGGGUGUAUGUUGAGGAGAAUCACUGUUUUUAUUGAGUAAUGUUGCACAAUAUUGGAUGGAGGAGUUACUCAGAUACUGUGCUGUUCGACCCAUUGGCCAAUCGCAGGUCCGUUCAUAGGACUACAGACUCAUUAUUCCUGCAAUACAACGGUGUUCUCCUGUUUUCUUAUCGCGUCAUCUAUCUUUACUGCUGUAAAACUGUGAUUUAAAGCGAGGGGUGUCCCUCAUUAAUGACCUGAGAAAUAUAUGUACAGACGAUCAUUAUUUAAAAGUGAUAAUGGUUGUACCUGCAUUGGAGGUUGUGGUUUCAGGUAAAUAAAGAAUAAUA